AGGAAACUUGUUAUUCUUCUCCCGACGUUAGUUGAAGCCACUGCUACAAACCCAAAUCUGCAAUGCGCAUUCUCAGUUAUUUGAUGCUCAUCGGAGCGGCUAUAGUAACACAUUUGAGAUCAGGAGCCGACGCCUUCACGCUCGGUCGUCAUAAUUCGACCCUCGUCAUCGACAUUGACGAUUCGCACGAGACGGCCAACUUUCUCGACAGUGCGGAGAGCAACCAGACAUCGAUAGAGAACGAUUCUUUAGAAGUCAUGGGCACCCGUUUAGUAGUAAAUACCAGUCCUAUCGGUCAUCACCAAUCGACGCCCAUUGCGGACCAGCAACCAGUUGAGCUUCGUGUUGACAGAGAUUAUUCGUGGGAAGACUUGAUUGAUGAUAUCUCAGAGUUGGAUCGACCUCAACCGCCAGUCGGUAGUCAACCCACCGGGGUGGUCCAGUUUGCUGAUGAUGACGACUCGUUAGAAGAUGUGAUUGAAGAUCUAGCCGCCCAGCGAAUCAUUCUUGGGAUUCCCCAUCAAACAGUUGGCGCAGUUGCUGCCCAGCAAAACGUCCCUGCGGCUGUUGGUCCGGUUGCCCAGUUAACAAACCUUGGAACACUAACAGAUAGAAGCAGCUUCGGUCUUUUGGCUGUCGAGGAUGACGACGAUUUCUCGUUGGAAGAUUACGCCGAUUUCGUCAAUCCGCACGCCAUUCAGCCGACGGCAGCCAAUAACUUUCACCACUUGCCCGACACCUUGUUCAGCACCCAUCCAACGUCCGACGACUGGUUCCUCGUCAAGCAUUUCAUGGACGACCAUUACGUUUGGGAACUGGGCGAUGAAUUGGCCAAAGAAUAUUUCUGGCAGCCGGUAAAAGCCCCAGGUGGGGUGUAAUCGACUGGACAACAUCCCGCUGUGAAAGAAAGAAAAAAAAAGUGAUGGAAGAGCGAACAUAAAAAUUAGAGAUACACAAAUUAUUGUAUAGUAUGAUCUUUUCCAGGCCGCACUGCUUUCAACAGCUAUCAUUCCGUUCCGUGGACGGUGAGCUCAUUUAUACUAACGGGUAGUAGCUUAACAGUGUAAAUAUCGUUUUUGUUAAAAAAUACAAUCCUGUUUAAUUGUG